AUGAAUGAAAAAAUCUCUCCGAAAAAUGAUGAUACAGAAUUUCCACCUUCUCAUUCAAAAUAUGUUACACAUCGAGCAACAUUCGGUCAGGUACGUGUCGAUCGUUCUGCGAAAUCAGCAGAACGUCAAGCAGUGGAAUUAUUAUACAAAAAUUAUGAUCCAGCUAAUGAAGAAAAUCAAAAAUUUGAUGCUCGAAUAUGGUCGCUGGUUGACGAAGAUAGAAAAACAAAUGAAAAAGAUAUUGAUUUCUAUGGUUUAAUCAAUGCACAUUAUAGAAAUAUUAUUUUUGAAAAUACACUAUCAUCGCCAAAAGAAGAACUCUCAGAUAAUUACAUCGAUCAAUUAGCUUUUCCUGAAUUAACAACUAAAGCACCGAAAAUAAAAUCAGCAAAAAUUAAAAAGGAAACAUUGAAAGAAUUGAAAAGUGAAGAAAUGAGUUUUUUUGAUGAACAAUAUUUUGGUACAUUGAAACAAAUUGAACAUCCAGAUGAACAAACCUUACCAACGAAGAGAAUUGAAAUGCCACCUAAAGACGAAUUGAAUUAUAUUGAUCAACUUGUUUUUCAUUCGCCUACUUCGCUCGAAGAAGGAAAUAUACAAAUUAAUAAACAUGUUUCUCAACCGUCGGAAAAGAAAACAAAGCCUCAAAAGGUAAUCUCUGAUAACCAAACGAAUGCACGUCCAGAUAAACUUCUUGAUAUAAACUUUCAAUUUCGCAUCGCUCCUUCUCCUACGCCACCGCAACCUGUAAAAAACCCUACACCCAACAAUCUCAAUGAAACACCUACGGAUUCAUACAAUGCAAAGCUUGAAUCCAUUCGUAGCAUAAAACCAAAAGAUUACUUCGAUCCACCGCGUCAAUCAUCUCUCGACAUACAAAACAACAAAGAUGUCGAUUCAGCUAAAACAGCGGCUGCAUCCGCUGGACAUAUUCGUGAACAAUUAACAAAGAAAAGCAAUGUUCGAGAUAGUCUCGGCUAUCGAACCUUUGAGAAUCUUAUGCCAAAAUGGUGGACCAUGACUAAUGCAGAAAUCGUCGAUAUACUAGUCAAACAAAUCUGUUUCAUACGACACGGUAUUCUUGCAUUGGAUAAACCCUAUGGUGGGCCAGGAGUUCAAAUAUCUGUUGCUCAUUAUAUACCACAAAUAAUCGAACGUUUAAAUAAUCCUGAAAUCAAACAGCUUCAUUUAUUACAUCGACUUGAUAAACAAUCAACUGGUGUUUUACUUAUGGCUUAUACACCGGAAGCUGAACAGCGACUACGGCAACUUAUGCAAGAACGAAAAGUUAUUAAACAAUAUUUAACUAUUGUUCGUGGAGUACCAAAACCAUCGGAAGGUGAAAUCACGAUACCAAUUGUUGAAAGAAAUAUUCGUGGAACAUAUAAAAUGAUGCUCUCACCUGACUAUAACGAACUGACAAAAUUAGUCAUGCCUAAAGUUAAACGUAAUCAUAUAGAUAGUUCAGCAGCAAUAACAAAAUAUCGUGUUAUUGAUUCGAAUUAUGGCGCUUCAUUAGUAGAAUGUCAACCAAUCACAGUUGUCAAACAUCAAAUUCGUACUCAUCUAGCUCAUGCACUCGGAACACCUAUAUUAGGCGAUCAUAAAUAUUCUCAUUAUGCUAAAUUAGCACCACAAAAACUACCAUUUGUAACAUUAAAACAAUUAGGUGUACGUCAAGCAAAAGUCCGUACGAUUCCAUUGUGUUUACAUUCAUAUUCAAUCGCUAUACCAAAUUUUCUUCAGCAUCAGCAAAAUAUAUUUAUUCGAGCUCGUCUAUCACAUCAUUUACGUUAUUUCAUACAAGGUCUUCGACUACGAAUGAUUAAAUAG